UGACGCAUCGGAACGUUGAACGAAGACGUGUGGUCCAUCAUCCUAUCGUUCGUCCAGCUGGACGACGCUCGCAGUCUUUCCCUCACGUCUCGAGCUAUCCACCCCAUCGCCAGGUGUAUCGUCCUGUCGCGUGCUGAGACGUCUCGGCCGGGUCAUUUCACGAAGAUCUGUACCUUCAUGCUAGGCGAUUCUCGCUCUCGUGCCUCCUGGUUGCGUGAACUCGACGUACAGUAUUACGCCCUGAUGGACCCGUCACCCUUCACGCGUCACGUCCAAGCCACUGUGCGAACUGCUGGCAGAUCUCCUUGGUGCGGCACGAAACCUCCGCGUACUGCACCUCACCUCCGUAGAUGCUUUGCUCGAAGUGGAACCACGCAUCGGCGACGCUCUCAUAUCGUUAGAGGGCCUAAAGCAUAUUAACUUCCAUAUCAUCUCAUCUGGUACCCUCCACGUCGCCGAACAGAUGAGGAGCCGACCAACAACUGUGGCGCUCUCGUUUGUCCCAGGAAUCUCGCUCCUUGACAACCUCGUCACUCUGAGCCAUCUCGACUUACUCCGCGACGUGCACACGGUGAAGCUAUAUAGCUUGCCAGAGCCGUCCCGGCACCGGGAUUUGGCUGUCGAGCACUUUGCGCUCGGGCAGCUUGGACAGCUGCCUGCUGUGCGUGAGGCCCGCCUGUGCGAGCCAUUGCCAUUGUUCCAUAUCUUCCCCAACAUGCAGACACUGUGUGCGAGCAACGAGCUCAGCCAACUCACACCGCAAAAAUGGAUGUGGCCAGCAUCUGUGCCUCUCGUGGACGUUUCCAUCGAUUUCGAGGACCUGGUCCAUUUUACGAGAGCGCCAAUUCGUCGACUCUACCUGUAUGAGUACAGUUCACCUGAUCAUACCCUUGAUCAACUCGCCAGCACCUUGCAAUCUGCAAGACCCAUUUGUCUAUCAUUCGUCUUCUACGAGGUGGGCCGCAUGGAAAACGACCCCCUCCGCAACUGGGCUGGUGUGUUCCAGACGAUCCUUUGCUCUCAGGGGCACCUGCGGUACCUCGAAGCUACAUUUGAUUGCACAUAUGUACACGGUGACAACAGCCUAUCACCGUGGAUGGCAGAAUGGUUCCUCCCAGUCAUUGCCCAGUCCAACGGCGACUCCAGCCUCCUAUGUAUGCGACUCAACUUCAGAGUCAUGGUCAACCGCCUAACACAUGCCCGUGUGCCAUCCCUAUCGCACUCGACCCUACAAGACGCUGCUCAACGAGUGGCGCGACAUGUGCCUUCGGUCAAGUUCAUAUGUAUUGCCAUGGAGCCCGACUACCCUGAGGAUCAGCACCUCGAGAGUAUAACAAACGAGGCUGGCGAGCGGCUGGAGCAUUACAUGCGCUCUGCGGACUUCGAGCGGAAGUUAUCAUUGGACGGAUUCAGUCUCACUGGUGCUUAGG